AUGUACCGCAUGGGGAUGAUGUCACUCAUCCUGGGUGACGGCGGCGCCGUCGGCGUCGACACCGUCAGGUGCAUCAAGAUGGCGCUCGUGCAUGACGUGGCUGAGUCACUGGUCGGUGACAUCACCCCCCACUGCGGCGUGAGCGAUGCGGACAAGCAUGCGAUGGAGGCGGAGGCGGUGGGCCGCAUUCAGGAGAUGCUCGGGCGCGAGACGCAGGCGGCCGGGGAGGUCGCCGAGCUGUGGCGCGAGUACGAGGCGCAGUCCAGCCGUGAGGCGCACCUGGUCAAGGACUUCGACAAACUGGAGAUGAUCGUGCAGGCCCACGAGUAUGAGCAGGCGCAGGGGCUGGAGCUGCAGCAGUUUUUCGAUUCAACUGCCGGCAAGUUCAAGACAGAAACGGGGGUCAUUGGAAUCAAGGCUGAGGGCAGCAGCAGGCGCUGA